AUGGUGCAUUACAUCCGCUUCCUGCGCGCGCCGCAAUGCGAUGCAAGCAAGAAGACAGUUGGUGUUUCUGCUGUGCUGGCCGUGCAGACAGACCUCAGUGACGCGUUACUCAGCCAGGACGUUGUCUUGAGGGCAGAGAUUGUAGAGGCCAAUAGCCCGUGGCGAGUCCUCCACUCGCAGUCAUUGCAAUGGCAACCUACAUCAAGGGCACUCAAGUUUACUAUUCAGUGUCCUGGCAAGUAUACGUCGUGGCCUAUCCAGCUCCAUGUGACUACCCAGCAAACUCAAUCCGCCGUCAACCUGUCCGAGAUCCCGGAAAUUCUUGACAUCUGGAGUUGUGCCUUUCUCCUGUCUGACAAGCAGCGGUCAGAGCCCAUUGUUGAGCGACGUCUAGCGCUCUGGAACAACACGACGGUGCGGAUAUGGGAAGACAUCGGUGAGAGCAUGGCGAGGCACAUCUGGGAUGCGAGCCUAGGAUUUGUGAUGUAUCUCGCACGAGCACUGUCUUCAUCGCCGCCAAGUGGUGGAGGCACAUUAGCAGCUCUGGUCAAGUCCGGCAAGGUAAGGAAGCUCAAGGUGCUGGAACUAGGCGCUGGAUGUGGCAUCGUUGGCAUUGCUUUCGCACAGCUUGUCAAGUGCGACAUGUACCUCACCGACUUGGAUGAUGCUCAGGAAGUGCUAGGGAAGAACAUUCGCUGUGCUUCCUUGAUGGCGGGGUCUACACUUCAAGCAGACGUUUUGGACUGGUCUUCAGGCCUUGAGGAUAGCACGAAUCCCAAUUUCGAUCUCAUCUUGGUUUCUGAUUGCAUCUACAAUCCGGACAGGAGUGUGCACCUGGUAGAGAUCCUGAGACAACUGGCUGCUCGUGCACCGAAUACCCUCAUCUUGGUGGGAUUCAAGCGACGGCACGAGGCAGACACCGUUUUCUUCGAACACAUGAGAAAGACGAAAUUCGAAAUAGUGGAGAGCACGAAUAUCCCGCUUCCACACAGGCCUAGUGAUUACGACGCCGACACGCCGACCACUGAAUUCUACACCUAUAGGCGUCAAACGGUGGUUUGA